AGAGUGUGAUAUGAAUGGAAUGGAAUCAAACAAAUUAAAAUAAAGUGGGCCUCUCCCCACACCCCUCAUUCUAUUGAGACAAAAGAAGGCACCCACCUUCUUCCUUCUUCAUCAUUCGACCAUAAUCUCAAGAGAGGGAGGAAAUCCCAGAAAAAUAACACCUUCCAUAGCCAAGGACAAGCAAGCUCAAGGAGGUCCAAGGGAAAGAAAGGUUUUCAGGAGGAAAAACUAGGUGGAUUAAGGAACUUGAUUUAAAGUAUUUUUGAGCUUCGCCGGAGUUUCGCCGGAGUUGGUCAAAGUUCGCCGGAAUUAGUCAAAGUUCAAUCGGGAAGCGUAGAACGCGCUUAAGCUCACUUAAGGUGAGGAUGACCGACUAUAUUGCUUAUAAUUAUUGGGUUAAUUUCUUGAGUUUACCUAAAUGAAUUAAAUGUGUUUGGCAUGGUUUAAUAAUGAUUAAAAAUGCCUAAAUGAAAUUAUUAUUGUUUAUGAGUAAAAAUGCAUAAUGUACAAAUUUUUGAACAAAUUGUGUAUGAUUAUGUGUUAUGAAUACAAUGGCAUGAUAGUUGUAUUAACCAUGAAUUUCAUUGUGAUAAAUACACUUUUACCUCACGUAAAGAAGUCAUGGAAGGAUAAAAGUGAUAUUUUGAUAUUAGAGCCAAAUUAUACUUGAAUGUAGAAUUAAAUGGAAAUAUACGAACUAUUAUGAAUUAGCAUUGGUUAUAUUAAGAUUAAACGACUAGUAUAUAAAUACUAGUCGGAAAUGUUAGUUCAAUGGUUCUUUGGAGCUAAUCCCAAGAUAUUGAAUUGUGGCGGGUACACCCUAAGUAACCUUAAAAGAUAUUUUUAAGGUGGACUUUAUGAACUCAAGUUACAUUAGGAGUAGGCCUUAAGGGUUACUCAAAAUGGAUGGAGCCUAGACUAAGAAGUUGUUUAGGGAUUAGAUGACGUGACUAUGAGCCGAGCUCUAGCACAUGGUAGUAUGACUAUGAGCCGAGCUCUAGCAAAAAUGUAGUAUGACUAUGACCCGAGCUCUAGCAGAAUGUAGUAUGACUAUGAGCCGAGCUCUAGCAAAAUGUAGUAUGACUAUGAGCCGAGCUCUAGCAAAAUGUAGUGUGACUAUGAGCCGAGCUCUAGCACAAAUUAGUAUGACUAUGAGCCGAGCUCUAGCAUGAAGGAACAUGAGUUAACUAUAAAUUAAUAACAUCCUAGAUUGAGGGUCUUGGAAAUUGAAACUUUGAUUAUACUUAGUAUAGUUGUCAUUGUACUUGUCAAAUGCUUCCAAGUAGUGACCUCCCCUUCACGGGGGAGGCCACCUCACAGUUUCAGGUAGAACUUGAAGGUUGCUACCAUCGUCGUUGCUUCGGGAGGAUCCAAGGAGAGGAGGCGUGGUUCGUGCUUCCUCCGUUUCUAUUUAACAAACUUUAUAAACUAAUGCUCAUGGAUAUUAUUUUUAAAUAUUUGUUUGGGGGCUUGUAUGCCCAUGGUUGCCAAAGUGUGGCAUGAACACCUGUAUUAAAUGUUUCCGCUGCUUUGAAUGAAUAUUUUACAUUAUGUUGGUUUAUGGAUGUACUAUGUGUGAACGAUAUUCCAGACGCCUUGUAUAGUAUGGAUGUGUUGGACUGCGGUUGACUAUUCGUACUGUACGGCGGAUUGUUGACGUGUCCGGGUAGGUCCAGGGUGUGACAGGCUGAAGACGUUCCAGCGGAGGAAGCGGUGGUGGGCUUCCCGGUGCUCGGGCAAGUGCUGACUGACCGCAAGGUCAGGUUCGCGGAGCUUAAAGAAAAGAUGAUUACUCUCUGGAGGCCAGGGAAAGGUAUGUCGGUUAAGGAAAUCGGGGAAACGAGGUACCUGUUUUCUUUUAAUCAUCGCUUUGAUAUGAAACGUUUUCUGGAUGGGGGCCUUUGGCAGUAUGAACGUAGUUUGGUUUUGCUUAAAGAGAUUAUGCCUGAUGAUAUACCACACAAAUUCAUUUUGAAUGAGGCUGAAUUUUGGGUCUAGAUUCAUAAUGUUCCUUACAGUCUGGUAAAUCUAGGCACUGCUAGACGUGUUGGGAGUUUUUUAGGAGAGUUUGUCAAAUAUGAUGAUUAUAAGAAAAAAGAAAAAUUAGAGUCAUACAUGCGAGUUAGGGUUCUUAUGAAGAUGGAUACAUCUCUAAAGAAGGGGACAAAUUUGAAAAAAAAUGACAAAAGUUUUUGGGUGGACUUUAUAUGAAAGACUGCCCACCUUUUGCUUUAUCUGUGGUAUGGUUAGUCACUCAGAUAAUUUUUAUCCUCUGAAUUAUGAAGAAGGUUUGAUUUUGGAAAAAAGAUUUGGAUCUCAUCUUAGAGCAGGUAGCGGGGUAAAGACCAACCCUAAAGGAGGGCAAGCCGGGUUACUGGAGGGCUCAUCGAGCUCUGGCAAACUGGGAGUCGGCCCAGAGAAGGAGGCAAGGACAGAAUCUGCUCAAAGCUUCACACAAGGAGGUGAGGUGCCAAAGGAGGAGGCCUCCAAAAGUAGGAAGAUCUGGGAGGUCCAGACAGAGGAAGAACUAGAGGAGGACAACAUGGCCACUGAUGGGACAAAAAAUGGGGAGGAGGUGGGUUUGAUUCCUUAAGCCCGUCGGAUACACUGGUUGAAGGUGUAAGGCCGAAAGGUGGAAGACUGGUUCUAGUUGUCUGGCGGCAAAAAGGAAGUUAUUUAUUCUGUUUUGUUUUCUAUUUCGUUAAUUUUUGCUGUAGCUUUUGGAUUUGUUUCUGGUUUAAUUUCCUGUUCUGGUUUGUAAGACAUUGGGUUUGGAUGUGGUGGAUGAGAGGAAUUUGGUAACCGAGUUAGGCUUAUUGUUUCCCGGUUAUGGAUCAGCGAAUUAUAUUGCUACGGCGAUUAAUUCCGAGUCUGAUUCGAGGGAUGAUGGUUAUCAGUUUUCUUUUUGUCAGUUGACUCAUACUCUGAACUUUUAUUGGUUAUUUAUCUAAGCCGAUUUCAGUCAAAAAAACAACAAAAGCAUAUAGAAUAGUAACUUCCUACUUAUUUUAAUUAUUAUAAAAU